AUGAUAUCACAAGCGAUCCAGUACGCGGAUUACUUUGCUCGCUCGAUGCGAAAUGACUCCUCGGUGCCGGGUGGCGGUGUGUACGCGGGGGGCAACGUGACCGGGCUUGGUGGUGGGACGGGGAAUACAUCCAGUACCGGGACGGCCACCGGUACCGAUCUGUUCGAUAUGUACGCCAGGAACUAUCCGUACGUGUCGUCUACGGAGGAGCAGAACUACAUCGAGCAGCUGAGCGACAACCUGCGCAAUCAGUCGGCCGGCAAUCGCAGCUACGGCGGGUACGAUUACGGACUGGAACCGAUGCCACUGCCGGAGUGCAGUAACGCGUACUCGGCCGGACCAUACUUUCAGCUCACCAGCUACUUCCUGUACAUCACCAUCUUCGUGACGGCGGUGAUCGGUAACUCGAUCGUGCUGUUUAUCGUCCAGUCGAACCCGCGGAUGCGCACGGUCACCAACUUCUUCAUCACCAAUCUGGCCGUCGGUGAUCUGAUGAUGACGCUGUUCUGCGUACCGUUUACCUUCAUCUCACUGUUCGUGCUGCAGUACUGGCCGUUCGGGCUUGCGAUGUGCCGGCUGGUGAACUACACGCAGGCAGUGUCGGUGCUGGUUAGCGCCUACACGCUUGUCGCGAUCAGUGGUGACCGGUACAUUGCGAUAAUGUGGCCGCUCAGGCCACGCAUCACCAAGACUUGCUCCAAGUGCUUGAUCGGUAUCGUGUGGAUCAUCGCACUGAUUACAGCCGUUCCGAUCGCCAUCUUCUCGACGCUCUAUUUUCCAACCGAUUGGCAUGUACAGUGCAACGUGCCAAUCUGUGCGGAAAAAUGGCCAUCACCGGAACAGGACGACUACUACACAAUAGCGCUACUGACCACACAGUUCAUCGUGCCGCUGGUUGUGCUGAUCUUCACCUACACACGCAUCGCGAUUGUCGUAUGGGGCAAGCGGCCACCGGGUGAGGCGGAAAACUCGCGCGACCAACGGAUGGCCAAAUCGAAGCGCAAGAUGAUCAAGAUGAUGGUUACCGUGGUGAUUGUGUUUACGAUCUGCUGGCUGCCGUUCAACUUCCUAAUGCUCAUGAAACUCCCCUCCUCGUGGGACCUGCUGCCGUACUUCUGGUUCGCCUUCCACUGGCUAGCGAUGUCGCACAGCUGCUACAACCCGAUCAUCUACUGCUACAUGAACGCCCGCUUCCGCAGCGGCUUCAUCCUGGUGCUGCACGGUGUGCCGGGUCUCCAGCAGAUCUGCUGCUGCAUUCGCCACUCGCCACCGAACAUCGCGCGCAACGUCGGCUCCAGCGUGGCCCUCGCCGGAAUCGAUGAAGUAUCGCAUCUGCAUCGAGUUAACACAUGCACCACAUACAUAAGCACCAGAAGGAAACCAAACCACAACGUACAGGUACAGUCGACGGAGACGUCCCUGUUACGGUGAUACCAGCAGAGCUACGACUAGAGCGCACCAG